AUGCUCGCCCAGAUCCAGGCCUUCGGCUCCAAGGUCGUCUCGACGGUUGAGAAGUUCAAGAAGGUCGAGGAAGUAUGUUCGGCACAGGGCGAAACGCCCCCGCUCUACCUCAUGGAGGACAUCGCCAAGGCGACCAUGGUGAACGGGAAGGAUUCCUCCGAGAUCGCUGAGCUGCUCGCGCGCAAGCUCAAGAGCUCGUCGCCGGUCGUGCGGCUCAAGGCGCUCUGGACCAUCAAGCACGUCGCGCUCAAGGGCUCCGGGGAGUUCCGGCGGGCCAUCCAGCGCCACGCAUCUGCCAUCACGCAGCAUACUAGCUACAGGGGCCCGCCGGACCCGUUGCGGGGCGAGGCGGUCAACCAGAAGGUGCGGGAGAUGGCGAAACUGGCGGUGGACGCGAUCUACAGCGAGGGGCAGCCGGGCGACGACGCCGCGGCCGGCAUGGGCGGGUCCGGCCUCGGCAUGCUCACCUCGGACUCGGCCGGCGGCGGCGGCGGCGGGGGUGGCCGCGGCUAUCAGCCACCUGCGCCUGCGGCACCUAGCGCGCGCGGGUGGGGCGGCGGCGGCGGCGGCGGUGGAUACCAGCCGCCGAGCCUCGAUGGUGGGGGAGAUAACCUCGGCAUGGUUUCGAGCGACGGGUUCAACAACGUGGGAUCGCGCAGCGCCGGCGGCGGGGCUACGGCGGCGGUGAGCAGCAGGCCCGCCGCGGCCGUCGCGGCGCCGGACCCGUCGAAGAUCGCGCAGCUGGAAGGCAUGGGGUUCCCCCGCGCAGAGGCAGAGGCGGCGGUCGCUCGCUACGGCGACAACCUCGACGCGGCAGCAGACUGGAUCCUGGGCGGCGGGCCCGCACGGGAAGGCAUCGCGGGCGGCGGCACGCAGCGCGCCCCUGCGCCGGCUCCCGCGCCGAGGGUCCUGGGCGGCAGCACGCCUGCGGGUGCGCCAGCGGUGGCGGCUUCGGAUCCGGGGCCGGACGGCGACGCAGCGGCAGUGGCGCGCGUGUGUCGCCCCGCUGGGGUGCGCGUGCAGCCGACGGCGGAGGACCUGCAUGAUUUCCUGCGCGCAGUGCGGCUCGGGAACCGCCCAGCCGCCGCCGUUGCGCUGCUGCGGGACCGGACCGCGAUGGCGGGGAGCUGGCAGGAGGGCACGCGCGCGCUGCACGCGCUGCGGGCGCUGCUCGAGGACGCCGCGCUUGGACCGGCGGCCAAGACCGCGGCCUUGGAGGACGCGUCGUUUCUGGACCGCGCCGCGGGCGCCCCGCAGGCUAGUCUGUCGAAGAUCGCCACGUCGGUCAAAUCGUUACUCGGGCUGACGUCAGCAGCCGCAGCGCCGCAGGCGCAGCCUGCUGGCGCUGCCGCGCCCGCGGCAGCAGAUCUGCUGUCGUUUGACGACCCGGCCAGCGGUGAGGGCGCAGUGACAGACGCCCAGGCUUCGGCGCCCGCGACAGCGCCGUCGAGCGCGCCGCAGCCCGCGGCCGAUGGAUUAGGGGGCUUCCUGUCCGACAUCCAGCCGCCUGCUGCCCCUGCAGCGUCUGCGGCGCCAGCACUAGCGCCGCCUGCUGCGACGGCAGGGGGGGGCUUGGACGAUCUACUGGGGGGGUUGAGUGCCCCUCAGAGCGCCCCCGCGCCGGCCAGCGCUGCGCCGCCAGCAGCGGCCCCUGGCCGUGGCGAGCUGCCCGCCGACGACUGGCUUCUGCCUGCUUCACAGCCUCCUGAGCAGCAGAGGGCGGGCAUGACGCCGCAGCAGCAGCAGGCAUACAUGCAGCAACAGGCGUACAUGCAGCAACAGGCGUACAUGCAGCAGCAGGCGUACAUGCAGCAGCAGAUGCGCGCGCAGCAGCCGCAGCAGUGGCCACCUGCGGGCGGCGGCGUUGCUGGUGUUCCGCUUCAAGGCAGCGCGCCAACGGGCGCCGUUCCGCAGGCCGCGCACUUCAUCCCGCCGACGGAGGCGUUCACGUCGCUGAACCUGGGCGGAGCGCCGAUGGCGGGGCCGGGGCACGGGCUGCACGUGCCCAACCAUGCUAGUGCCUCGCCGUCGGGCGGUGGGGCGGCCGGGAGCAAGUCACGGGCGCCGAAGGACUUCAUGACCCCCUCGGAGCAGCGGGCGAAGGAGCAGCACGCGUUCGACUUCGUUGGGGCGGAGAUGAAGUCGAAGCGCGGCAAAUGA